UGUGUUUUGCAGUCGUGUCCUUUUCAGACGAUCGUCAUCCCUGUGGUCUCUCUUCUUAAGUUUUCACCCGUCAACUCACAGACUGCGGCUCAUCUGACCUGGACAUCGGCUGGAAGAAGGACUCGGAUUCACAGCACACAUCCUCAUCACUAAAACAAAAUGCCUGGACCAGCAGUAAGUGCAACCAAUGUUGGGGCCUCUGGCCGUUCCCCCAGUAAGACUGUGGCCCCCCGCGCCGCAGGCUCCACAGUCCGACAAAGGAAAGCUACCAGCAGUGGUACACGCAGCGGUGGCAGGACCACAGGAUCGGCGGGCACUGGUGGCAUGUGGCGCUUCUACACAGAAGACUCACCAGGACUCAAAGUUGGCCCGGUGCCAGUGCUGGUGAUGAGUCUACUCUUCAUUGCUUCAGUCUUCAUGCUGCACAUCUGGGGGAAGUACACCCGCUCUUAAACUCCACCUGAUGACCUCUGACCCUGCGACUCGGCUUCUUAACACAUUGGAACUGGACCAAACAAGAAAUGAACAACAACUUUACGCUCAUAGUUCCCCUCCUCGUCAUCUUUGCAACACACAGACACACAAACUGGAUUGAUAUGCAACUGUUUUACUACACAAUCUUCAUCUUCAACUGAUGUUGGUAACCACCUUGUUUUGUUUUUUUUGUCCACCCGUGUUUUGAACAUCUGAUCACAUGACCGGGAGUAAACAUUCUCGCCCACCUCACCAUUGUGACGUCUGUGUGUUUGUGUCUGUGGCUUUCUGUCGACGCAGCAGCAGAUCUGCUGCAUGAAGGUUCAUGGCCGUGCUCAAAGACACUACUCUUUUCAGGCCCCCAGCAAACAUUUCUCUUUGUAGCCUGACUUGCAUUUUUGUUAACCUGCAUUUGUACAAAAUAUAAUUGUAAUAUUGUACAAUAAAAAAAGGAAAAAUAAA